AUGAAAUCCGACAACUUUGAAGCACCCCUGACUGUGAUCUCGUUCACAGGAAACGCAACAGUAACACCAACCCCAAACAGCACACAAAUCUACAAGGACCUACGACCUCAACAACGUGAACUAAAACACAUCUUCAAAUCUAACGACGGCGAACCCUUUGGUAUUGGCACCCUGAGCAUUACGACCACCCAUGACGAUAUUGGAUUGUACUUUGAGAAUUACAACUAUUCACCCUGA